AUGGGACAUUCUCAUGUUAAUUUUAUGAGUCAAAUGACAAAGUUAUUAGUUAAAGCAGGACAUGAUGUAACUGUUUUGUCUUCAAAUAUUGAUAGUACAUUAAAAGAUCCAUACUCUGAACCAGGUAAAAUUUAUUAUACAGAUCCAGAUCCAUUUAUUACAAAAAUGACAAAAAAUCAAAGUUUUGUUAAAGAUAUGUGGAAAUCAACAAAAAGUAUUACAGGUCAAAAAAAAGUGUUUAGUAAUUUUAUGUUAGCAUUAAGACUUCAAGGAAUAACUAUAAUUAAUAAUAAAGAAUUGGAAAAAUUUGUAAUUUCACAAAACUUUGAUGCUGCAAUUGCUGAAGGAAUGUAUUUGUAUAUGUUUGGUUUAUUUAAAGCAUGGAAAAUAGAAACAACAAUAGUAGCAACAUCUACAGUUAUGUUUGAUAUAUAUUAUCCAAUGUUUGGUAUACCAUUCCCUACUUCUUAUGUUCCUUCUGCUAUUGUUGGAUUUAGUGAUAGAAUGACAUAUAAAGAAAGAACAAUAAAUCUUUUAACAUAUUUAUAUUUUACUUAUUUCUCAGAUUUCAAUACAAAACAUUCAACAUUAGAAGAUAUUUUUGAGGAAAAAUAUGGUGUUGGUUUUUAUGAUUCACAAAAAAUUAUGACAAAUGCAUCUUUUGUUUUAAUCAAUUCAAAUCCAUUUUUAGAUAUUCCAACACCAAAAAGUCCUAAAAUGGUUGAAAUAUCUGGUAUAGGUAUUCCAAAACCAAAACCUGUUACUAAAGAAUUUGAUGAAAUAUUAAAUUUAAGAAAUAAAACUAUCUUGAUAUCAUUUGGAUCAGUAGCAAAAAGUACAUAUAUGAAUGAAAAUAUGAAAAAUGAAAUAUUAAAAACAAUAAAAAGUUUUCCUGAUAUAACAUUUAUUUGGAAAUAUGAAACACCAGAAGAUGGUCAUGGUUCUGGUAUUGAAAAUUUAAUUCUUAGCAAAUGGGUUCCACAAAAUGAUUUGUUGAAUGAUGAAAGAUUAACACUUUUUAUUACUCAUGGAGGAAUGGGAAGUACAACAGAGGUUGCUUUUAGUAAUGUUCCAGCAUUAGCCGUUCCAAUAUUUGGUGAUCAAAUGAGAAAUGCAAAAUUAAUUGAAAGAUUAGAAAUAGGUUUAGCAGUUGAAAAAGAAAUUCUUGAAGAUUCUAAUCAAUUGAGUGAAAAAAUAUUAGAAGUAUUAAAUAACGAAAAAUAUAAAAUUAAUUCAUUAAAGACAGCUGAAAUGUUACGCAACCGACCUAUAUCAUCUGAAGAAUUAUUAAUAAAACAUGUUGAUUUUGCUUGCAGAUUUGGACAACUUCCAAGAUUAGAUUUAGCUUCUAAAGAUAUGGGUGUAAUUGAAUAUUACAAUAUUGAUAUUAUCGUUCCAUUUAUUGUAGUUUGUAUAAUUAUAAUUUACCUUUUUUUCAAAAUACUUGCAACGAUAUUUUCAAAACUAUUUUUGAAAAAAGAGAAAAAAGAUUAA